AUGUGGCCUGAUCUUAAAAUAGUGCACGGCAAACCAAGACAUUCUCAGAGCCAGGGUAGCGUUAAACGUGCGAACCGAGAUGUACAGGAUAUACUCGUCGCCUGGAUGGAGGACAACAAUUUGUCUAAAUGGAGUGAAGGAUUACGUUUCUGCCAAUGGAAGAAAAAUACCAGUUGGCAUUCUGCAAUCAAACAAACACCCUAUGAAGCAAUGUUUGGAAGAAAGGCUCACGUUGGUCUUCAAUCGUCUCAAUUACCGUCGUCGGUAAUAAAUGAUGUAGUAACAAAAGAAGAAAUAGAACACAUAAUUGAUUCAACUGAAGUACAUAAUGACAACGGAUCAUCUGAGAACACCAACAAUACACUCAUUGCUGAAGAAGUUCGCGAAAACAUUAAUUGUCCUGAAAAU